AGAAAGGCAUCGUAGACGGCGUAUAUUCCUUAUUAAAGUGCACGUCUGCAACAGCUUCUGGAAAUCCACAUCUUCUCCACAACAUCUCUGUGUGUCCUGACUUCAGAAUUGCAAGAAAUACCAAAGGCAACUCCACUCUUCAACAUCAACUCCCAGUCAAGCUCAGUCCCAACUAUCGCCACACUCGCCACAAUGGUCCAGCACGUUUCUUCCUCUGCCGAGCUCCAGGCACUCUUCGAUUCGACCACUUACGUUGCCGUCGACUUCUUCGCCGAUUGGUGCCCGCCUUGCAAGCAGAUUGCGCCCAUCUACGAGACCCUCGCCGACAAGCACAGCGUCCCAAACACGCUGGCAUUCGCAAAGGUCAACGUCGACCACGCCCAGGACAUCGCUCGCACCUACCGCGUCACCGCCAUGCCCACCUUCAUGUUCUUCAAGGACGGCAAGCAAGUCGCCGUCAACGGCCAGGCCAUGAUCCAGGGCGCUGAUCCCCGCACCCUUGGCGCCGCUGCCGAGAAGCUGGGUGGCCUCGCCAAGAAGCGUGCUGAGGCAGCUCUCUGAUUCGAUAGAUUCGUGGCCAAAUGACCAAUAUUUUCUUUGAAUCGCCGAUUAUUAUGUCGGAGAAAGUCAUGAGAUUACGAUGUGCUGGGGAAACUUGAUUAUUAUCGGAAAUAGGAGUUGAGACGACAUUAUGAUCAUUAGAAAGGCGUUUAAAAUAUGCUCCGCUGAUUCCAAUUGCUUUGUAUAUACCCUCACAAUCAACAUGAAUUUGAUGAAUAUUUCUUCAGUAUCCCAAAG